AUGUUGGGAUUAAUUUCUCGUCAAGCGCCUCGUCUUUUGAAACAACCAGGAUCUUUGAUCUUCAGGAGAAGUCUCGCUGAUGGUAGCCCUGCGGUUUCUCUUACAUUUGGAUCGCCUUCAGAGGUAUGUUUUGAAUAGAAGACACUUCUGUAACAACAUGUGCACGGGUUACCACCAUUCUAUGAUUUACAGAUCUAAUAUAAAUUUUGGAUAAUCUAACCAUCGUAUUGAGGGACUCUUUGAGGUUGAAUGUUUAUAUGUGCUUGGAAAUUAAAUUGGAUAUUAAUUAAAAUCAUACAGUUGGUUGAGGCGAUGUGUCAAAUUAACAGCUGUUGAUUACUCAAUGUUAUUCAUCAAAAUCAACACAGCUUCAAAUAUUAGUUCUUCAGAUGGAAAUCUUUCGGAAGUAGUUCAAACAUGUGUCCAUGAUGGAUUUGUAGUGAGCCAGUUAUGAAUUACCUCUAGCCUUCUGCAUUCAUCACACUUCUACACCCAGUUGUUCAACAGCUCUCAAAUACAUGUAAACUUUUGCCAUAUCCUCCUACUAAAUGAAUGUGGGAAUACUCGCCCAUCACACCCUAAUAUUGAUAGAUCUGCAUAUUCUCCAUACUAUUCUCCAUACAUUUUGUAAGGUGCUGACAAAGAGAACUUGUUUGAGAGUCAAGAGCCUCUUAAGUUGGCUACCGUUUGAUUUAUUCUCAUCACCAUAAUAGUUGAUUUAGUAGUGAUACUGUGAGGAGAAGGUAGAUUUUAGUCACUCUUAAGAGUUCAAGGGUUAAAGCACCUUGGGAUAAUUGACUGUGAACGAUUUUCUCCAAGUAAGUUGAGGAUACUCCACAUUGUGGUCAUUAACUAUUUGAUAGUCAAGAACAGCAAUUUUUCAUGAUUACAUUACAUUUAAAAGAAUAGUUUUGGCUUUUGGCCAAUCAAUUUGUUUCUGUUUUUUGUUUAGUCAUUUUAUUCAGAAGCUGAAGUGAAGCAAGUUGAUCUUUCAACCACAGCUGGUAGUUUUGGUAUUCUGGCCAAUCAUGUUCCCACUCUGGCAACUCUGCGACCAGGCCUUUUGACUGUGACUGAUGAGGAAGGUGUUCAUAAAUAUUUUGGUGAGUAUUGAAAAUAGAGUUAUAGAGGUUAGUGAAAAAUGGUUAUUCAGUGUUUGAAACAGGCAUACUCAGAAAUAACAAACUUUUAGUUUUCCCAAAAGGAGUUGUAACUAUGACCUUCUCAUUGGUACUUGAGAUACUCAUGCUUUCCAGUUGUACAAACAUGGCUUCCAGUCUCCUCCUAAUCUGAGUCUACUCAUGUUGUUCUUGAUCAUUUAAUAAUUCUUGUUAAUUCAGGAUUACUGACAAACUCAAAAAACAGUGAAUACUUGAAAUAUUUCAGAAAUGUUUAUUAAGUUGAGAUAAGUCACCUAGAUGUUAUUAAACUAAAAUACCACAAACUCAUAACAUGAACUAUUUCAUUUAAUCUUUUGUUCAUUUUGAUACUUCAUUCCUGUAAUAUCUCUGUGCUCUUAGGUAUCUCACUUUGCCAGCAAAACUUUUUGAAGGAUUUUAAUCUCCUGUUUUUUAAGAUUUUUCCAACAGAUGAGUUUAGAGGUUUUAUUGAUUAACUUAAAAUCAACUUUAGAUUUUGCACUUAUAUAAAUCAUACCAAAACAAUGAAUAGUUGUGGUUGGGAAUAUGAUGUCUUGUAUAACUAGGGGUGUAUAACUGCAUGGAUUGUUUAGAGUUAACUUGCUGCGAGAGAUGGGGGCACUGACUUUCCUUUCAACUUCCUCUUUCCAGCAAGCAGUGGUACAGUGACCAUUAAUGCUGACUCUACAGUUCAAAUUCUUGCUGAGGAAGCCCAUCCCAUAGACAGAUUCGAUCCACAGGUAUGUCAUUUAACCUUUUAAAUUCAGGAUCUGAUUGUAAAUUCUCCCCUUUAGCCAUCACGCAUUUCCUUGUAAAUAAGUUAUCAGAAUUUAGUGUCAGAUCAAGAUCACUCAUACCUCAUAAGUUUGAGUAUUCUCAUUACCUGUUUGCUUGGCAGUGUAGUGAUAAUAAUUAUUAUUGGAAGAUGUUACAUGUUACUCACUUCUGGGAAUAAAAGUGUUUAAUACAUGUAGCUAGAACCAAACUGUAUUUACUCCAGCAGGGAGAAUUUCUUUUUUCAGACACCCAAAUGUAGGACUCUGGCAAUUCUUUAUUUAAAGCUCAGAAUUACAGUAGCAUGUGGCAGUUAGAGACAAUACAUAUAACCCUUUUGCUUCCAAGAUCAACUGUCAAAUUCUCAGUGCCAUCUGUCUUAAAUUUUGCAAGUUUUUUUGCAAUGAGAGUUUGAUGUGAAAUCAAACAGUAUUCCUUUGAUGAUGUUUUUCUUUCUUCUCAUCACCCAUCUGGUUGAAAAUGUUUUGAUCCUGAAAAGAGAAAUCCCCUCCCCCCCCUCCCCCCUGUCACGCUUGUGGUAGUGGAAGGGUUAAGAGAUUGAAAUGAAAAGUUAAUUUGGUUUUGCUUCUAUAAUUGAGUGAUGGCCAUAUUUUCAUGAACUACCUUAAUCAAUGAAGAUUGUUACAAUAGCUACUUUUUGUAAGUUCAAAGUACCCAACUUAAAAUAAAUCAUUUAAAAAAAUCAAUAUAGUAAUGAAUGUAGAAAAGGCUCUCGGGGUUCUUGUCAAAUUUAAUAACUGUCUUGUUUUCCUUAUUCAGGCUGUUACCCAACAGUUAGAUCAAGCUCAACAAAGCUUAUCAAAUGCAGCAAAUGAUGAAGAGAAAGCAAAAGCACAAAUUGCAGUGGAGUGUCUAGAUGCUUUAAAUAAAGCCUUGGGACAUUGAUAAUAACUCAUUACUUCUCCUUUUUUUUUUUUUUUCUACUUGAAUAAACUCUGAAAGGCACACAAGAUUUGUACUGUGGUGGUGUUGGUGUAAUGUUUGCCUCUAACCUGUAAAAUCAUCAUUUGACAAUGUAUUAAGUUUUUGUGGCCUCUUCAUAGCCCACCACUAUUAUAUUUUGUCUUCAGAAAAAGUGGCAAUGCAAAUUACUUGUAGAGUUAUUUUGUAUUGAAUAAAAUGUGAUUAAAGCUUACACACACUCUUUGCUACCAUCAAAUGAAUGAUAAUAUUAAUUACCAUUUUGUUUUUCUUGUCUGGGC